GUGAGUUUCAGUGUUACGCAUUCACUGACAUCUCGUCACAGGAUACUUUUGUCGAGGAGUAGCGUUUUACGGCUGCUUGCUAGAGUACUUUACACACACACACACACAAAGAAUAAAACAGUCUUCAACUACCAUAGAUCAGUACUGUAGGCACAGUGGCUGCUUUUUUUUUCUACUUUUAUUAGUAGCGGCUACGGUGUUAGUCAGGUAGUGUAAACACACAUUGCUUUCAAAACUAUUUAUUGUAUCGACAUGGAGGUGGUGGAAGAGUUUCUGCGGCUACGCAGGGGAGGCAAGGGCGAGGAUGCCUAUGCUCUGCUGGCACCUGGCGCCUCUAUGGGAUGUCCGUGGGGUGGGAUGCAUCACGGACAGCGCAUUCACGACCUUCUAGUUGACGAGUCCCACUUUGUCAAGAAAGGUUAUUUAGAUCCUGUUCCGAUUGAAAAAAUUGACGAAGGGACGUAUCAGCGGAAGUUCCAGUGGGACAGAGGAAUGGGUGAGUAUGGCAACAGCGGUUUUUCUCACGUGGGCAUUCUUCCGAUGUGGAGGGAACUGUAUUUUGUGCGCGACGGUAAAAUUCAGCUUGUGACUGCUGAUAAGCAGCUGAAGAAGAAGUCUCUUGCGCACGCGCUCUUUGGCGUUUGA